AUGUACACACACACAGAAACAUGUACACACACACACACAGAAACAUGUACACACACAGAGACACCUGUACACACACACAGACAUGUACACACACACACACACACACACACACAGAAACAUGUACACACACACAGAGACACAUGUACACACACACACAGACAUGUACAUGCACACACACAGAAACAUGUACAUACACACACAGAGACACAUGUACACACACAAACAUACAAACAUGUACAAACACACACACAUCUAUAAAAAGUUUCAGCACUUCGUUGUUCACUCACAGAGCCGGGUACUGCACUCUAGGGGGAGGCAGAGAGCACAGCACACACUCCUUCCUUUGCUUUCACUGCGCUCAGCUAUUGAGCGGUCUGACGGCUCCCAGUGCCAAUGACAGAUCCGGCCUGAGCUCCGAGCCUGCUCAGCAAGACGGGUCUGGGACACACACUCACCCCCACCAUAAUUUCCACUCGCCAUUGGCGAGCAGGCGAGUGGAAAUUUCAAGGCCUGGUGUAGAGAGU